ACAGAAAAAAACAAAUCCACAUCUCAAAGCGACAGAACUGUUGCGAGCGUAAACCACAGGGAGCCUUGUACUGCUGCAGGUGCACCCAAAGUAGCUGCACGCUGUUCCAUCUCAAAAAGCGAGCAUCUCAGAAAGCUUCUGGUGUAGAAGAUGAGUGACUCACUGGAGAGGACUACAGACUGUCCCCUGCCACUUCUUGGAGACAAUUCCAACCCGGAUGAGGAGAGAGACAACCAGACGGGUUCAGACGAGUUACGUUGGGAGGAUGGAGGUCUCCCUGUGGAGCUGCAGAGGGGGAUGGAGACCCUCAGAGUGAACAGAGAGCUCACUGAUGUUGUGCUGUGUGUUCAGGGACAUGACUUCCCUUGCCAUAGAGCCAUACUCGCUGCAGCCAGUCAGUACUUCAGGGCGAUGUUUUGCAGUGGUCUGAGAGAAAGUCAUGAGAAGAGUGUGGAGAUAAAAGGGUUGGACAGUGGAGCGAUGCAUGCUCUCCUUGAAUAUACCUACACCAGCAAAGCUCUUCUGACGCACUCAAAUGUCCAGAAGAUACUGGAAGCUGCCAGCCAAUUUCAGUUCCUGCGUGUGGUGGAUGCAUGUGCUGGCUUUCUGAGCAAGUCUCUGCACCUGGAGAGUUGCAUUGGGAUCCUGAAUCUUGCUGAAAGCCAUGCCCUGCCAGCCCUGAAGACCAGGGCUCAGGACUACAUCACCUCCCAGUUCUCCCAGGUGGUCCAACAGCAGGACUUCCUGGAGCUGCCCGCAGAGUCUCUGGAGAGCGUCCUGCAGAGGGACGACCUGGAUGUGAAGUGUGAGGAGUGUGUUUUCGAGGCCCUCAUGCGCUGGGUGAGAGCCAGGCAGGAUGAACGCUCCCCUUUACUGGCAAGGCUGCUCCCACAUGUACGACUGCCUCUGUUGGAGCCUGCUUACUUUGUGGAAAAAGUGGAGUCAGAUGAACUGAUACGUGGAUGCAGUGAAGUCUUUCAUUUGUUGCAAGAGGCUCGCACAUAUCAUCUGGGUGGCAUGGAGGUUGUUUCCGAGCGCACAAAACCCCGGGUACGACACUUCCUAUCAGAGGUAUUUCUGAUCAUCGGGGGCUGCACUAAAGAUGAGCGCUUUAUUUCCACUGUCACCUGUCUGGACCCCCUCAGGCGCAGCAGGCUGGAGGUUGCCCGGCUUCCAUUCACAGAGAUGGAGGAUGAAUCCCAUAACAAAAAAUGGGUGGAGUUUGCUUGCAUCACCUUUCGCAAUGAAGUUUACAUAUCUGGAGGUAAAGAGACACAGCAUGAUGUUUGGAAAUACAAUGGCGCCCUUGACAAGUGGAUCCAGAUCGAGCCCUUGACAACUGGUCGCUGGAGGCACAAAAUGGCUGUUCACGGGGGGAAGGUGUACGCACUGGGGGGAUUUGAUGGGGUUCAAAGACUCGCCAGUGUGGAGGCCUAUGAUCCGUUUCACAAUCGCUGGACACAGGUGACACCUCUCUCAGUUGGUGUUAGUUCCUUUGCAGCAUCUAGCUUCAACAGAUGGAUUUAUGUGAUUGGUGGCGGGCCGAAUGGAAAGCUGGCAACAGAUCAGGUCCAGUGUUGGGAACCUGGGACAGACAGCUGGGAACUGCGGGCACCCAUUCCAGUUGAAACCAAAUGCACUAAUGCAGUCACAUUCAAGGACUGCAUCUAUAUAGUUGGUGGUGCCAUGAAUGCCAUGUACUGCUACUCACCUCUGUCCGACUCCUGGUCCCUUGUGACCCGUCUGGGGGAGAGGGCAAGCUGUGCCAUUGCUGCCUGUAACAACAAACUCUUCAUCACUGGAGGACGGGAUAACAAAAACCAAGUCAUCUCUACAGUGAUGUGCUGGGAUGUUGACAGAGGGGUGCUGACAGAGGAGUGUGUUUUACCUAUGGGAGUGUCGCACCACGGCAGCGUCACCCUGAUGAAGUCCUACACACACAUACACAGGGUCACAUCUGCCUCGGAGUGCCAGUGACAAAAGCCUCUGCCAACAGAGCAGAUCUGUUACUGGCAGAAAGACUGAAAAGAAAUAGUGAAGGAAAAAAUGACUGUAGAUUUUAGUGAGUGAUGUGUUCAUUUUGCAUUACUUCAUGCCACUAUCUAAAACUCUGGUUCAAUUAUUAUGUUUAAUCUGAAACAGUACAAUGUGAUAUCAUCAAAACUUGAUUUGUAAGCCUUCUUAAUUAAAAUCUAAUAAACACUAA